AUCUAAGUUUGAGAAUUCUUAGAAGAAAAUGGAGAAAUACCUAACUAGUUUUCUCUAAUUGUCAGUGUCAAAGGUGAUCCUGAAAACUCAGACGGCGGGCUGCACGAAAAAUGGGAAGCGGGAGAGCAGCAAGUGAAGCUUUACUAGCCUACAGGGCGGUGCUGAAAGCCACGCGGAAGACCUUCGCCGGCGACACCCUGAUGCUCCGGGAAUCGGCAGCCGAGGUGAGGAAGAAAUUCGAGGAGAACCGGGACGCCAAGUCGGAGGAAGAGAUCAAACAGCUUCUUGAUGACGCGCGCGAAGCCUCCUCCUUCAUCUCUACCAUGAUCGUCCAAGCUCACCGCACCGACAAAGGCAGUUUCGCCGUGAAGCCGGGAAUGGAGCACGCUGGGGCUACACUUGAAAUUCCCUCAGAAGAAAUUCUUAAGAAGGGUGGUUGAUGAUGGCCUUGGCAGAGCAGAGCAGUUGAUAGAAAAGAUUUUUUCAUUUUCCUCUCCAAUUCCUCUUCGCAACAAAUUACUCCGUACUCCUGUUUGAUCUUUGACUUAAUUUAUUUGAGUUGCUCCCAUUUUCAUGGGUUUAUUCAAUUGUUGGAAUAUAGUUUGUUAUUGAAUGGGUAAGGACAUUAUCAUUAUAAUUGUUAUGAGAAGGAGAAACUGUUAGGUUAAACUGCCUCCAUUCUUUUGAAGUGAACGUUAUGAAAAGUGAAUCGGGCUACCAUUCAUGCAUUUCCUUUCUUUGAAGUGCUUUUCGAUGUACUAAUGCCUAGACCUUGAUUGGCUAAAUUGGCCAAAGCAGUUUUUUUGGCAGAGCAGAUUUGAGGAUUUCACUCUCUUCUAUUUGCAUGGGUUGUUUAUGCAUUAUUUCUUUGUACGGAGUAGUAUCUGUGGAGAAAUUGUUUACUUCAGGACCUGUAGUGGGAUAUUCUCACAGUGGCAAAGGCAAAGAUGAAAUCCACGACCAAAAUGAAUUACAUGGGAAUGGCUAAUUCUAUUCAGAAAUAUGGUUUAGGAGGGACACUCUGAUACGGAUCAUAUGUUUGAACAACUCCUCCAAACCAUGUUCAAGAAUUUCAAUGUUGAUGUCUAGUGUCUCCAGCCUUCUUUGAGCCAACUCAAGCUUUUCUGCUCCUCCUCCCUCUUUGUCACAUUUAUGGAGACGUAAAUCACCCAAGGCAAGAUCCACUUUCUCCAUAUCACUAAGGUUGUUGUCCUUUUUACCAUGAUGAUAAUUGGUCAAUGCUCCUUUCUGCCUCAUAAGCUUGGAAGCCAAUGACCAUCUACUAGGCUUUGGUUUCAGGAGUGGUACAGAAGAAAGAAACAUCAGCAGGGAUUCAAAUGUAGAGACAGAGACAAGGCUUGCCUCCUCAAGGACCCUGAUUAUGGGGGAAUCUGAAUGGGAAACUGCUCCAUCAUCAACCUGCUUUAACACUGUGAGUGUCUUCUCAAUCUCCUUAUGCAUUUUUCUUCUGGAACGGGCAUAUGAAUCAAUCCCGCUCUCAAUGUUCAAAUGAUCUCCCACCUUGUUUCGUCUAAAGACGGAUUGGAGUUCAUGGAUAGCUUCUUUGGACAUCACGACCAUCUCCCUUGUACUGCUGCAUAUGUCAAUGAAUCUGACGGAUCCUUCUAGCAACCCAUCAACUGAAGUGUCUUGAUGAUGGUGGAAAAGAUGGCUUUGAGUGAUGGGAAGUGCGAGAAGUUGUUCUAUGCAUUCGUAGAGUUCUACAAGCAUGGGCAGAAGUUCGUAGACCUUUUCUGGCUUUGGAAAAGAUAAAGAAGAAGAAGAAAAUGGUGAAUCCCAAGUUUUAAUCUUGUUCAACACUUGUUCAAUCUUGUUUGUGCAAGGAUGUGAUCUACCAGGGAAGCUAACGGAACGAACAUGGUAGCGGUUAAGGGACCUAGAAGAUGACAGAGUAAUCAUCCUUCUGAUUGAGUAGAAGUUCAUAAAAGGGUUUGUAUUUG